AUGGCUAGCCAAGGAAAACAGUCAAAACAUGUUUCACUUGCGCUCUUGGUUGCAUGCUGGUUUGUUUUGCUAUCCUCCUGCAAGGCUAAUCCAAUAUCAAACACAGAAGCUGAGGCUCUACUCAAAUGGAAACAAAGCCUCCCAGACCAACCAAUUCUGAAGUCGUGGGUAGCACACACCAAUUCCUCUGCUUCAAGUCCAUGCAAAUGGCGUGGAAUAACAUGCAACAAUGAAGGAAGCAUAACUGAAAUAAACCUUGCAUACGCAGGACUGAGAGGUAACCUCCAAAACUUAGAUUUCUCUUCCUUUCCAAACCUUCUUCACCUUGAUCUCAGAGAGAACAAACUCACAGGCCCCAUACCAACAAACAUUGGCACACUUUCCAAACUCCAAUAUCUUGACCUUUCCGUAAAUUCCCUCAAUGGCUCAUUACCUCUUUCUCUUGCUAAUCUCACUCAGCUUUUUGAUCUUGGUGUUUCCCGAAACAAUAUAACUGGUGAACUAGACCGGCGUUUAUUCCCCGAUGGAACCAGUCUGUCCAAAACUGGCUUCCUUAGUCUUAAAAAUUUUGCCCUCCAAUAUACUGAGCUUGGUGGUAGAAUUCCUGAAGAAAUAGGAAAUUUGAAAUACCUGGUUCAACUGCUCCUUGAUGCGAAUUACUUUUGUGGUCCAAUCCCUCCAUCUAUAGGUAAUUUAAGUGACCUAACCACACUUUCCCUUGGCCUAAAUGAGCUUUCAGGAAAAAUCCCCGUUAGUAUUGGGACUUUAAAACUAACAGAUUUGUCCCUGUUGAUUAACCGGUUAUCUGGUUCUGUACCAGAAGAAAUAGGAAACCUUUCUUCGUUAGUUAAUCUACAACUGGCUUUGAACAACUUCACUGGCCAGUUACCCCAACAAGUGUGUCAAGGUGGAAAGCUUGUCAACUUCACUGCAUCCUUUAACAAUUUCACUGGUCCUAUCCCAGUUAGUCUUAAAAACUGCCGAACCUUGUAUAGGGUUCGGCUUGAACAUAACCAACUGACAGGAUAUAUAGACCAGGAUUUUGGAGUGUACCCAAAUCUCACUUAUAUUGAAUUGAGUUACAAUAGGUUGCGAGGUAAACUCUCACCAAACUGGGGACAGUGCCAAAACUUGACAGCGUUGAAACUUGCUGGGAAUAUGAUAAGUGGUCAAAUCCCAAAAGAGAUUGUUCAAUUGAGCAAAAUGGGAUUCCUUGACCUUUCUUCCAAUCAAUUGUCUGGUGAAAUACCAGCAAAAAUUGGAAAGUUAUCCAAAUUAUUAAAGCUAAUCUUGAAAGACAACAAGUUUUCUGGUGAGGUACCUGCAGGAAUUGGAGGACUGUCCAAUUUGGAGACUCUUGACCUUUCCAUAAACAUGCUUGGUGGGCCGAUUCCAGAUCAAAUAGGGGACUGUUGGAAGCUGCAAAGUUUAUCUUUGAGCAAGAAUUACUUGAAUGGGACGAUUCCCUACCAAAUUGCUAAUCUUCGAGCCUUACAGGAUCUCGAUUUGAGUUUCAAUUCACUAAUGGGAGGGAUACCAUCCUGGCUUGGCAGCCUUUUAGAUUUGGAAUACUUGAACCUCUCCAACAAUAAUCUCAAUGAUUCAGUCCCCACUUCACUAGGCAGCAUGGUGAGCUUGAUAAGCAUCAACCUGUCAAACAACAAUUUGGAGGGUCCUCUUCCUGAGGGCAAAAUCUUUUGGUCAGCUACACCAGAGGCUUUCAGUAACAACAAAGAUCUAUGUGGCGAAAUCCAAGGUUUGCGACCAUGCAAUGCUUCAGUUAAAAAGAAGGGUGGCGGAAACAUGAAAGGCAAACUUGUAAUAAUCAUUGUUGCUUCUUUUGUUGGUGCAUUGUCACUUUCAAUUAUGUCUGUUGGGAUUUUUCUAUUUCUAGAAAAGAAGCUCUCAAGAAAUAUGCUGAAAGAUGAAGGCACAUCAAAGACUGAAAAUCCUUUCUUGAUAUGGUACUUUGAUGGGAACACCAUGUUUGAAGAAAUCGUGGAAGCUUCAGAAAACUUUGAUGACAAGUACUGUAUUGGGGUGGGGGGAACUGCAAAAGUAUAUAAAGUGGAAAUCCCAGGCGCUCAAGUGUUUGCCGUGAAGAAGUUGAGGUCUAUGGCUGAAGGCACAGAGACUGAAAAUAUAAAAUGUUUUACCAAUGAGGUAGCAGCUUUAACAAAAAUAAGACAUCGAAACAUUGUGAAGCUUUUGGGGUUUUGUUUCCAAGAAGUGCACUCAUUUUUGGUCUAUGAGUUCAUGGAAAGAGGAAGCUUAGCUGAUAUGCUAUGCAGCAAAGAAGGAGCAAAGGAGCUAGACUGGGCAACUAGGGUAGGAGUAGUUAAAGGUGUGGCCUAUGCUUUAUUUUAUAUGCAUCAUGAUUGUGUUCCUCCUAUAAUUCAUCGCGACAUCUCGAGCAAGAAUAUUUUGUUGAGCCCAAACCUUGAAGCCUAUGUCUCGGAUUUUGGCAUUGCAAAGUUCUUGAAGCCUGAUUCGUCUAAUUGGACAACAAUUGCAGGCACUUACGGCUAUCUCGCCCCAGAGCUUACUUACACAAUGGCAGUGACUGAAAAAUGUGACGUUUAUAGCUUUGGUGUUUUGGUGCUUGAAGUUCUUAUGGGAAAGCAUCCAGGCGAACUCAUAACUAAUCUACAUUCCUCAAUUGGUACAAGCGUCCCCCUCAAAGAUGUGCUAGAUGAUCGUCUCCCACCUCCCAGAAAUCAAAAGAUUGCUGAUGAAUUAGCUCUAAUGCAAAACUUAUCACUUUCAUGUUUAUGUACCAAUCCUCAAUCUCGCCCAACCAUGCGUAAUGUGUGUAGGCAGUUGGAGAUACAGGUUGCUAAUAACUAAAAAUCAUCUUAGUCUCUCUCGACUAUGACCCUAUGUGUGCAUGUAUUCUUUGUUAUGCAUGUAUGUAAAACCAAUAAAA